AUAACCACAUUGAGUGCAGUGUAUUGUUUUACAGCACAUAAUAGGAAUUAUAUUAUAAUGAAUUGUAAUUCUAGUUAUUCGUGUAAGUCAAUACACAUUAACACAUGAUUUAAAAUAUUUUACUGGACUACUGUACAUAAAUAUUAAAUACAUAAUAAUAACCAAUCGGUCACAUUUUUUUCAUUGAUUUUCUAUCAAACUAUGAAUCCGUGUGUUAUUCCAACAAUUCCAUUUGAUGCCGACGAAGAAUGGAAAAUUCAACACAAACGUUAUGUGGCUGAAGCCAAAGCCCAAGACCCAGAUGUUAUCUUAAUUGGUGCCUCUAUUAUUCAAUUAAUUCAAUGUUAUCCUAUAUGGAAUGACAAAUUUGUACCUUUAAAAAGUCUAAAUUUUGGAAUCUGUGGUGAUCGAACCCAAGAUGUGUUAUGGAGAGUAAAAAAUGGCAUUCUUGAUCACAUAAAACCUAAAGUCUGUAUUCUAAAUGUUGGAUCAAAUAAUGUUGAUAACACUCCUAUUCAAAUUUCAGAAGGUAUAUUGGCUAUUGUUGAUGAAAUUAGAUCAAAACUUCCCGAUUGCUACAUUAUAAUCAUAGGAAUAUUACCACGUGGUCCUUAUCCAAAUCCAUUGAGAAUUUUGGGAACUCAAGUAAAUGCAAUUGUCAGUGAAAAAGUGAAAAAUACUUUCAAAGUUGAAUUAUUCAAUGCUCAUUUGCUGCAACCAGAUGGUACAUUAAGUCAAGAAGAUACACCGGAUUAUCUUCAUCCAUCUGAAAUAGGUUAUUAUAAAAUAUUCAACCCAAUUUUUGAGCGGCUCAAAAAAAUUCUAGAUAACUGAAUAAAAAUAUUCCCUUAAUAAUAUUA